AUGUCGGAAGUGCUGCCGUUCAACGAGGAAAAAAUGAGUCAUUAUGGAAAUGAGGGCGACGAGGGACACCUUUCCUUCACCUGUCGUCUUCAAGACACCAACAACUUCUUCAGCGGCUCGCAGAAUAAGCGCCCGCCGAAACUCGGACAAAUAGGCAGGAGCAAGCGGGUUGUGAUCGAGGAUGAGAAUGGCGAUGAAGAAGCGCUGAAAAAUGGAACAGAGAAGACCCCUGCAGAGGCUUAAAAACACUGUUCUCACCACCCCAAAAAAACACUAUUGAAAUUUUUUAUGGCGAUAUUUACCAAUUUUAACCCAAAGACACUGUAUAU